AUGGCGGCGGCGGCGGAGGAGGCGCGGCUGCUGGCCUGGCUGCGCGGCCCCGCGGCCCCGGGCGCCGCCGGCCCCGAGCUCGCCGCUUAUGUGUCGGAGCUGGCGGCGCUGGGCCUGGCGGAGCUGAGCCGGGAGCCGGCGCGGCUGGCGGCGGAGCGGGCUCGGGUCGGGGCGGAGACGCGCCGCUUGGCCUUCGAGCACUACCGGGCGUUCAUCCGCUCCGCCGAGUGCACCGGCCGCGCCGGCCGCGGCUUCGGCGGCAUCGAGAGCCGCCUCGAGAGCCUGCUGGGCCGCCUGCCAGCCCUCCAGGACGCCUGCCGCACCUUCAUGCGCGACGCCGAGGAGAUCGCGCUGAGCCGGCGCAUGAACAGCCUGACGCUGAACCGGCACACGGAGAUCCUGGAGAUCCUGGAGAUCCCGCAGCUCAUGGACACCUGCGUGCGCAACGGCUACUACGAGGAGGCGCUGGAGCUGGCGGCCUACGUGCGGCGGCUGGAGCGCAAGCACAGCACCGUGCCCGUCCUCCAGGGCAUCGUGCGGGAGGUGCGGCAGUCGGCGCAGCUGAUGCUGAACCAGCUCAUCCAGCAGCUCCGCAGCAACAUCCAGCUGCCGGCGUGCCUGCGCGUCAUCGGCUUCCUGCGGCGCAUGGACGUGCUGAGCGAGGCCGAGCUGCGCGUCAAGUUCCUGCAGGCGCGGGACGCGUGGCUGCGCUCCAUCCUGGCCGCCAUCCCCGACCGCGACCCCUACUUCCACGUCACCAAGACCAUCGAGGCGUGCCGCGUGCACCUCUUUGACAUCGUCACUCAGUACCGCGCCAUCUUCUCCGACGAGGAGCCGCCCGCGCGGGCCGGGGGCCGGGCGUUGGGCGAGGGAGCCAUCUUCCACGGCUGGGUGCUGCAGAAGGUGUCGGAGUUCCUGCGGGUGCUGGAGCAGGACCUGCGGCGCGGGGCGGGCGGCCGCCUGGACUCGCUGCUGGGGCAGUGCAUGUACUUUGGGCUGUCCUUCAGCAGGGUGGGCACGGAUUUCCGCGGGCAGCUGGGGCCGCUGUUCCAGCGUGUGGCCGCCGCCGCCUUCCGCGCCGCGCUGGGGGAGGCGGUGCAGAGGUUCCGGGACGAGAUGAAUUCCUACACGCUCAUCUCGGCGCCGGUCGCGCUGGGGGGCGCUGCGGCGGUGCCGGUGCCUGCGGCGCAGCCGGGCACGCUGCAGCCCCCCAUGGUGCUGCUGGACUUCCCGCCCCUCGCCGGCUUCCUCAAUGGCCUCCUUGUUGCCUUCAACGACCUGCGGCUGUGCUGCCCCAUCGCCCUAGCCCAGGACGUCACUGCCGGCCUGGAGGAUGCGCUGGGCGAGGUGACCAGAGCCAUCCUGGCCUUCCACCGUGCGGAGGAGGCGGCUUUCAGCGGGCGGGAGCAGGAGCUCUUUGCCCAGUUCUGCACAGCCUUCGUGGAGGACCUGCUGCCCUACCUGAACCGCUGCCUCCAGGUCCUGUUCCCGCCGGCACAGAUCGCGCAGGCGCUGGGCGUCCCCCCGACACAGCUGCAGCGCUUGGGCCACCUGGGCCGCAUCGACGUGGCUGCCCUCAGGGAGCCGCUGGCCUUCCUCCUGCCGGCGCCGGGCGAGGAGCCGGCCCCCGAGAGCACCCCACAGCCCCAGGGGGAAGAGGAGCCCGCGCCCGGCGCCGUGCCGCCUGCACAGGGGCCAGAGACACCCUCCGGGGACACUCUGCUCUGGGAGGCCACGGGCUGGGCCGCCCGCAUCAUCCAGCACGAGAUGGACCAUCUGGACGGGAUCCUCUACAUCGACCGCAUGGACACCCGCACCUUCGCCAGCCUCACCUGGGCUGAGGAGAUGGACUGAGCCCGCGCCCCGGCACCUCUCUGUGUGGAGCGGAGCAGCAGCAGAGCCCGAGCCUGCAGCUCCCCCAGCCCUGGCCAAAGCAGCAGCACCAGCCUUCUGCUCAGCUUUAAUACACACUGUGAGGCCUCA